CAGACGGGGCUCUGAACAUGUUUGGGCUCAAAUUGCUGUCUACUCUCUGCCUGUUUGGAGUGAGUGUGGCUGUAAACCAGGACUUCAUCAGCUCUGCAGAGAUCGACAUCGCUGCUUGUCCCAUCACUUAUUAUGGACUGAAAUACAAUAAGGUUUAUGUUGGAUUUGACUCCAACACAUCUACACUGUGCUUCAAUGGACAGUACCACUCUGGACAGAAGAGUGACUGUAUUCUGAUGUCCAGAGGGUCAGCUGACCGAGGAGCACUGACCACUCUGAGCAGAGAUAUCCCUGCAGGAUCGGGCAUCCACAGCCUCGUGCCAAACCUGAAGCACGCAGGGCAGUGUGUGAACGUCAUCCCCUUGAGAGACGAACAGGGCUCUGAUGUUAAACAAAUAGAAUUGGGGAAUUUUGGGCCUCAGGCUAUUGUGGCAAUCAAGACUCACUCGGGAUUUGUAGACGACAACUUUGAAACACAAACUGUGGUCAAUGGGAAGUCCAUGGUGAGACAUGUCUUUCAUACCAAUAAGACCAACAAGGGAGUCCUGACAGACGUGAGCGGCUGCAGACUUUUCGGGGCUGUGUACAAGACCAACACGAGUGUGUGGAACGCAGACAUCUGCUCCACAGUCACUUGUGAUGAGUUUGGGGUCGCUACUCCCGAGAGCACAUGUGGACCCAUGGAGCGCUGCCAAGGAAACAACACCUGUACCUUGGAUGCCACCUGCACUGUCACAGCUUCCACCAUUAUUGACGUCAUUGGACAGCUCCACACUGUCCCAGACCGAUGUGGGUACAAGCUCAUGGAGCACGUGUCCAUCCCAGACCUGGAGGUGUUCGGAGUCUUUCAAGAACGAAGACGCAAAGACGUGAGCUUCUUAGAGCGGCUGGUUCUGCACCUGAAGUCCUCCAAUGUGGACAUUUCUCUGGAACAAGGAGGACGGGUGAAGGUGAAUGACACAGUGCUGCCAUUCAACACCUCAGAGAAGGUGGUCCAUGGAGUGAAAGUUUCUAAAGGCCCAAAUGGACUGACAGCUGAAGUCACCGCCUCUGAUUACGCCGCAUCAAUACAUUUCAAUGGUCACACUGCGCAGAUCCGCGUCACAGGACCAAAGGUGGCUCCAGUAUUUGGGUUAUGUGGAAACACCAGCACCACUUUGGCUCAAGAGAAGAAUUCUGGUCUGAGUGAAAGUGGCUGUGAGACGACAUACACAGAAGAUGCUGAUGUUUCAAUCAACUGCAAUGACACUGCGGAAUGGUGUAACAUCUUGAGGGAGCAGCCCUUCUCCACCUGUAACCUGGUGGUGGACCCACAGCCCUUCAUCUCAGCCUGCUCUAGUGUCCUGUGCAAAUACCCUGCAGUGGAUGGAUUCAACUGUCAGUUCUUUGAAGCCUACACCAGGGCCUGCUCAAUGCACAAUGUCAGUGUAGAGGGAUGGAAGUCACAAAUCAAGUGCGCUGAAACUCAGGCCAAAUGCCAGAACAUGUACUGCAGUGAACACGAGUUUUGUGGAGAGAAAAACAACGGGUGGGAGUGGGCGUGUCUCUGCAGGGCGAUCUUUGCUUCUAAAUACAGACCGACGAACACGUUUGGUGAGCCCACUGUGUGUGAGGAGCACACUGCCGCACUCACCCUGGCUGGCUGCCUCCUGGAGGAAAGAGGCAUCGACUACAGCGUCCUGCACAUGAACAAUGAGUCCUGUGUCGGACAGAUGGACAAUGAGACGCAUAUGGUCACGUUCAGCUUUGACCAGACCAACACCUGUGGAACUGUGGUCAAGUCCAACGGCAGUAAAAUAAUCUACCACAACACCAUUCAGACAUGGAACAGCUCCAACUUUGGAAUCAUCAGCAGACAUGACGACGUGCACUUAGACUUCUCCUGUCACUACCUGCAGCCAGGUGUCAAGUCUCUGGCCGUUCGGAUUAAAGACAGCUCAGUCAUUCAGGAGCUAACAUCUGGACAAUGGCGCUACAACUUGUCCAUGAUCGUGUACACCGACGAGGCUCGCAGACAUGCUCUUACUCCAGACACAGAGGUAAACCUGGAUCAGACGAUCUACAUCGAACUGCAGGUCGACGGAAUUGAUGAAAACCUGUUGUCUUUGGUUGUUGACUCGUGCUGGGCGACCACUGAGUCCUCACCAAACAGCAGCUUGAAAUACAGCAUCGUUGGAACUGGCUGCCCCAACCCUGUGGACAAGUCUGUAAGAGUGAUCAACAACGGACAGGGUUUGUCUAGUUACUUCUCCUUCAGCCUGUUCCAGUUUACUGGGAGAACAGGCAAGAUCUACCUGCACUGCAAAACCAUGCUGUGUGUCAAUCAGGGGACCUCUUGUGCCCCGAAAUGUAACCAGAGCAGCAGGAGACGUCGAUCUGCCAUGUCCAACUACAUGGAUCAAAACCCCGGCCUCAUCACCAUGGCCUGGAGACAUUAGGUGGUUUCCGUGGUAAUGAGGUCUCGUCAGCAGAGGGUCUGAGUCUGUGGGGAUUAUCUUCAUUCCUUACCUCAUUCUUCAUAUUUGUGGUGUUUCUAUAUAACUUUCUAGGAUGGUUUAAGG